AUGACACAACUUUUAUCUGCUCCAGCUACAUCAAGAUGAAAACGAGAGCUUCUAUCAGAAACAACCACAAAAUUUAAUUUAGCUAAUCAUAGAAGGCUCAGUCAAAUGGUAUCAACUCAAGACGCUUCACGAUUUUUCAGCGGAUCAGUCACGCCUUUUGACGAAACUGAAAAAGUAUCAAAAUUCGAAGAAUUAAGAGAAAUUUCUUCCCAGCUUGGAAUAUUAAGAAAUCGCCAUGACUAUACAAGAGCAAGAAACAGCUUUCAUGAGAAAAAUCUUGAAUCCUUACAAAAUGAACUUGACAUUGUUAACAAGAUGGGAACUAGAACUGGCGUAAAACUUGAAAACAUGCGAGAAGAAGCAGAAAAAAUGGAAAAAUUGCUAAAUGAUAUAAAAAAACAACAAGAUGACGCCCUUAUUGCGAGAAAAGCCUGCGAGCAUAUGAUUGAGCGCAUGAAAAUGACCAAAAUUCAUUUAGAAAAAAGAAAUUUAAGUUUAGCCAAGUCUCUUAGAGAAAAGCAGCAAACUUUAAAAGAAGAACUCGACAAGCAGCGCCGCACAAGAGAAGGGCGAAUCCAAACAAGAGGCGCCUUAAAAAGUCUAGAAGGUUACAUAAACCGUGAAACUCGUGAAAAGGUCGACCGUCUCCAAGCAAUAGAAAAAGAUGUAAAGCAAAAGAAAGAAGUCUCAAUAAAACGAGAAGAAAGAAUUUCCCGACAAAUGGAAAUUGCUGAAGCAGCCGCUAAUGAAGACAGAAAUUUAAAAGCUAUAAGGAUGAGAGAAGGACUUUUAAUACAUAAGAUGUGAAAUUCAUUUUUACAAAAAAAGAUGGAAGUAGAAAUGGAGAAAAAUACAGGAAUUGACCUUGCUUUUCAAAGGAUUCGAAGAGUAGCAGGGCUAAAUGAUGUAGGAGAAAUGAUUGAAAAAUUUUUAACAAGAGAGCAGCUCUAUGCAGAAUUAAUGGAGAGGCUGAAUGAUGUAAAUAAAAGAAUUGAGGACUAUAAUCAGAAAAAUUUAGAAAUGGAAGAAAAAAUACAUGGGCUGGAAAUAUUUUUAAUUAUUGUAUAUAUCAAAUUAAUGUGUUUUUAAUAAAAAAAAUAAAAGAAAUUUGUAUAUAAUGGUAUAGCUAAAAAAGAAAAUAAUAAUCCUACUCACAAUCUUUCACUUGUUGUGUAUAGAGGAUCAAAAGAAACUGCAAGGAUGAAAAUUCGAUUAAAAGAAAUGGUCACUAUUAAAGAAAAUAUUCAAGUUUGGGGGAAAAAAUUUAUCAAAAAUUUUGAUGUAAAUUUUAAAAUUACUGAUAAAAAACUUGAUGGACUUAUCAAAACAAUUCAUAGGUUGGUAUCAGAAAAGCUUAAAAAGAUUAAAGAAAAUGUAAGUUUUAGAUAGAAAAUGACAUUAAUUGAUACGAAAAAUACUUAUGCAAGUAUAAAUAAUUUAAAUUAUAAUGAAUAA